CUGUCAGUCAGAUUUUUUUUCUUUCGAAAAACCGCCUCAAAUUCAACUAAAAAAAAAUUCCAAAACACGAAAAAAGUGCAGUGCGUGGCCAAAAAAACAAGCAGCGUUCUGUAAUCGUCAAUUUGAAUGUGACUGUUUGUGUCGCUGUGUGAUAAGAAACGACUGAUAAGCCAGGGCAACGUGAACUCUUAACAGGAUUAGUCGCGGCAAACAGAAGGAAAAACAUGAAUCAACUGGUUUGAGGGGACUUUUCUUCAGUGCCUACUCCGUUCGGCAGGAUGUCGUCGUGGGAGUUUUCGUGGACUGACGUGUGUCCGUCGGGGCUGCGUCCCUGGGUGAAGGAUUACAACGAUUUGGCACCGUGCUUUCAGGAGAUUUGCCUCCAGUUGCCGAUUUUGGUGUUGUUUGCGGUGUUUUCUUCUUACUAUUAUGGGUCGCACUUCCGGCUGGUGUUCCGGAGUGGAACGCAACGGAAGGCUAUACGAGUGCGGGUGGCGGCCUCGAUUGGGCUGGGGUUGAUUCCGGUGAUGAAGAUAUUCUACAUUUUGCGGACGCACGGGAAGAUCUAUCCGAUUGAUGUGCUGCUGUCGUGCGUUCAGUUUGUAGCCUGGUCGGUUCACGUUGGGUUUUUGGUAAGUUCGCUGAAGAGGGGAUCGUUGAGUCAACGUGGGCCGCUCGGGAUUAUCGUGCUGUGGACAUCGCUGCUGGCGUUGGCCAGUAUUUGGGUCCACACGAACAUCCAUUCGGAAUAUUGGGUUUGGUACGUGGCGGAUUUGGUCGUUUUUGGGUGUUACGGAGUGACGUUGAUUGCGCCUGGGAAUGCGCACUUCAUCCGGGUUCAGCGAACAGUGGACGAGGAACGCCAGGCGCUGUUGACCCACACUUACACGCGAUUCUUCGAGGACAUUGACGAAUCCGUGCUGGGACCGAUUCAGGACGAUGCCAACUUCUUCUCGCGACUGCUCUUUUACUGGGUUAAGCCGUUGAUCUCCAAGGGUGUCGCUGGAAAGUUAAGGAAAAGUGACGACCUGUUCGAUCUUCCCGAAUGCCUCAACAUGAACCGAGUCGUGGAGAAGCUUCAAAAGCAGCUUACCGCCUCGGCAUCCCUCUUUAAAGCCCUGCACAAAAGUUUCGGCUGGGAAUUCUACCUAAUUGGACUCCUGCGACUCCUUGCUGACCUUUCCGGCUUCGCCGGACCAAUCCUGCUAGGAGGACUGCUUCGCAGUGAAAACUUCCCCAACGUAACGGAACCCGCAACCGACCCCGACUGCGACUCCUGCCAGGCCGCCGACUUCCGGUCUUACUACUACGCGCUCGGCCUCCUCGCGGCCACCCUCAUCAGCUGCUUCGCCGGCGUCCACUUCAACUGGAAAAUGACCCUCGUCAGCACGAAAAUGCGCAUGAGUCUCGUAACGGCCAUCUACCGCAAGUCCCUGACCGCCAAAGGUCUCCAAAGUGCCCGCCCGGAAAUCCUCAACCUCAUGUCAACCGACACCGACCGCAUUGUCAACUCCUGCGUCAGCUUCCACUCCUUCUGGAGCAUCCCCUUCCAGCUCUUCACCACCCUCUACCUGCUCUACACCCAACUCGGGCUCGCCUUCCUGGCCGGCGUCAUCUUCGCCAUCGUCCUCAUUCCGAUCAACCGCCAAAUCGCGCUCAAAAUCGGCCAACUCUCGCAAGGCCUCAUGACCGCCAAGGACGGCCGCAUCGCCAUCACCUCAGAAACAAUCGCCGGCGCCAAACACAUCAAAACCAACGCCUGGGAGGACGUCUUCCUGAACAAGAUCGAACGCAUCCGCGCUGAGGAGGUCGGCUUCCUGUCCCGCAGAAAGUACCUGGACGCGCUCUGUGUUUACUUUUGGGCCACGACCCCGGUCCUGAUGUGUCUGCUCACGUUUGGGACGUCGGUUCUGCUAGGAAGUACUCUUACGGCGGCCACCACCUACACCAGUGUGGCGUUGCUGAACAUGCUGAUUGGACCGUUGAACGCGUUUCCGUGGGUGUUGAAUGGGCUGGCGGAGGCGUGGGUGUCGCUGAAGCGCGUGCAGGAGCUGAUUGAGCUCCCCAACAUCAACCUGUCCGAGUACUACAAACCGCUCACGGAAACGGAAACGUCCUACUCGGGUGCGUCCCGCCGGCCGGUGGUGAUCGCCAUCCGGGACGGCCACUUUGAGUUCGACAUUCGGCGCAGCCGCAAGGAGGUGGACCUGGUGCAGGAAGACAUUGUCGACUUCCGGUUCGAGAACCUGUCGCUGCAGAUCCGGCAGGGCGAGCUGAUCUGUUUGGAGGGACCGGUGGGUGGGGGGAAGACUUCGCUGCUGGAGGUUGUUUUGGCGAACUUUAAGUGCACGCAGGGCGUGGUGGCGCUGGGUAAUGUGGAGGAAGGGUUCGGGUAUGUGGCGCAGAGUGCGUGGUUGCAGCGCGGGACGAUCCGGGAGAAUAUUUUGUGGGGUGAGAUGUACGAUGACGCGAGGUACAAGGCGGUGAUUCAUGCUUGUGCGUUGAACUAUGAUUUGAACUUGCUGAAGGGGGACGGGACGGGCGUGGGAGAGCAGGGUCGGACGUUGUCCGGUGGACAGCGAGCGAGGGUGGCGUUGGCCAGAGCGAUCUACCAGAACAAGCAGAUUUAUUUGUUGGAUGAUAUUUUGUCGGCGUUGGACGCCCACGUGGCGUCGCACAUCGUGCGGCACUGCAUCUUUGGACUGCUGCGGGACAAGACUCGGAUCAUCGUGACACAACACCCGAUGGUGUUGAACCAGGCGAACCAGAUUCUGCACGUGGAGAAUGGGAAGGUCAGCCAGAGUGACAUCACGAGUGCCGCUUCGUUGAUGAGCGAUUUUGAGGACGACGGAGAAGAUUUGGCGGGGACGCAUCUGAAUGCCGAGUACGAACCGCAGUGCACGAAGGGGGACGACACCAAGAGUCUGGACAGUGUGAUGGCGGAAGAGACGCGCGAGUUUGGCCAUCUGGAUAGGAAAGUGCUUGGGGCUUAUUGGAGCGCUACCGGGAGGUCACUUGGCUUUUGGGUGGUGUUUUCGGUGCUGCUGAUGCAGGUUUCCCGGAAUUUGACGGACGCGUGGCUGGCGUAUUGGGUAGGAGCUUCCUCCGGAGGAGUUCCGCCUCCUCAACCAAACGACACCCUGCUGGAACUGACAGACAACGACACAAUCCAAAACCUCUGGAGCAUCGGAUCCUUCCGGAGCAUCCUAUCGAUGGCCCAGGACUUUCUGUCCGCCCUCGUCAAAGGAGUGGACCACGACUCGGAACUGACGGAGGAGCUGCAGCAGGAAGCGCUCUUGCCUGAGGUGAACAACAAAACGCUAACGAUGUACUACCUUGGGGUGUACAGCGCGUUGGCCGUCGGCAACUCGCUGAUUACGCUGGUUCGGGCGUUCCUGUUUGCCUUUGCCGGCAUCCGGGCCGCCAAGUACGUGCACGACAAGCUGCUCAAGAGUGUGCUUUAUACCAACUUCCAGUUCUUCGACGUGGCCCCGCUCGGGCGCAUCCUGAACCGGUUCUCCUCGGACGUGUACACCAUCGACGAUUCACUGCCCUUCAUCGCCAACAUCCUGCUGGCGCAGUUCUUCGGCCUGCUCGGCGCCCUCUCCAUCAGCCUGUACGCGAUGCCCUGGCUCGGGCUGCUCGUAAUCCCGCUGUGUCCGAUCUACCUGUCGCUGCAGAACCAGUACCGGUUCGCGUCACGGGACAUCAAGCGGUUGGCGAGCAACGCGCUGUCGCCGCUGUACGCGCACUUUACCGAGACGCUGCAGGGGAUGGGUACAAUCCGGGCGAUGAGGGGGGAGGCCCGGUUCAGGCGGGACUUUAGUUUCAAGCUGGAGGAGAGUAUUAAGGCGCAGUUGUCGGCGUCGGCGGCGCAGCAGUGGCUGGGACUGAGGUUGCAGCUGUUGGGAGCGGUUUUGGUGGGUGGGGCUGGCCUGUUGGCGGCGAUAACUUCGGCGCACUUGACGUCGCCGGAGAUGGUGGGGCUUACGAUUUCGUAUGCGUUGUCGAUUACGGGGCUGCUUUCGGGGUUGUUGAAUGCGGUGUCGGAGACGGAGCAGGAGUUUGUAGCCGUUGAGCGUGUUCAGCAGUAUUGUGAGCUGGAGAAGGAGCCGAAUGCGGAUGGUUCGGCGGAUCCGCCGUUUGGAUGGCCGUACCAGGGGGUUGUGCAGUUUGAGAAUGUAUUUUUGAGGUACAGAGAGCAUUUAGCUUGUGCGUUGAAGGGAUUCACGCUGCACAUAACCUCUUGCGAGCGGAUUGGCGUGGUUGGACGAACUGGAGCAGGUAAGUCUUCUGUGCUGGCAUCUAUGCUGCGGGUAGCUCCGCUGGACCAGGGUUCAGUAACGAUUGAUAAUGUCAACAUUGCAACGUUGCCGCUGGACGUGUUGCGAAGUCGCGUGGCGGUCGUAUCGCAAGAUGCGUUCCUCUUCAACGGAACUAUCCGGGAGAAUCUCGACCCGCGAGGAUUGCACCUGGACUCGGAGAUCUGGGAAGCCAUUACUUGCUGCUUGGCCUCUCCGUUAGUGCAAGCUUUGGGCGGUCUCAACGCCAAAUUAGACCCGUCCGGGUCGAAUCUGUCCGCCGGACAGAGGCAACUGCUCUGCCUUACAAGAGCCCUACUGAAAAAGUCCAAAAUCGUCCUAAUCGACGAAGGAACCGCCAACCUGGACUGCGAGUCCGAGUCGGCCAUCCAGAUGGUUCUGAAGAACGCGUUCCGCGGCCGGACCGUAAUUCUGAUCGCCCAUCGACUGAACGGCCUGCAAAACACCGACCGGAUCGUUGUGAUGCGGGACGGCGUAAUCUCCGAGCAGGGAACGCCCCGGGAGUUGGCCGCAAACGAAGAAAGUGCAUUUCACUCGAUGCUGCUGGAACAGCAGAACACGGCCUUUGGCCAGCUGUAGAAGAGUCUGCUAGUCAUAAGAGAGAAAUAGCGUGGAAAGACUGCAAAUUUCCACAAAUAUUCUGAUUUUUAAGCGAAGUUUUAAUUUGUGCUGUGUAAAAAGUGCAAGUUUUGUCUUUCUAUAAUUCCUUUUAUUUCAAUCGUAGUUAGGUCAAAAAAUAAUCGUUAUAAUAUAAACAUCAUUCACUCAAAGCAAAGAUCAUCAGCAAA